UGAAAAAUAUUUGGACAAUCUAGACUAACGACUGCCAGCCCUAGUUAAUUAGCUCAUUAUGAUACUGGUUUACAUUAUUUGUUGACGGAAUCGAAACCAGAGUGCAUAGUGGUUACGACUGAUUUAUCACCUCGGGAUUAUUCUUGCCAGGGCCGUCCUCCGAGCUCCUGGGAUAACUUUGGAGAAGUUCUUUGUAUUCAGGACAGUCAGACAGCUUGGUCGACAAGCUGAACAUGGACUGGGGCACAGAGCUGUGGGACCAAUAUGACAUCAUCGAGAAGCACACACAGUCUGGCCUGGAGCUGGUGGAGAAGUAUGUGAAAUUUGUGAAGGAGAGGACAGAGAUUGAGCAAAACUAUGCCAAACAACUGAGGAACCUUUCAAAGAAGUAUAACCAGAAACGAAGCGGCAAAGAUGAACCGGAGUGCAGGUUGUCCAGCUACCAGUCUUUCUUGGACAUCCUGAAUGAGAUGAACGACUACGCCGGGCAGAGAGAGCUCAUUGCUGAGAACAUGAUGAUGAACAUUUGCAUCGAUCUCACCAAGUACCUGCAAGAGCUCAAGCAGGAACGGAAGACGUAUCUGAUGGAGGCCAAGAAGGCCCAGCAGAGUUUGGAGAGCACCUACAAACAGCUCGACGGUAGUAAAAAGCGCUUUGAAAGGGAAUGGAGAGAAGCAGAGCGUGCAGCGCAGUACGCAGAGAAGACUGAUCAAGACAUCAAUGCCACAAAGGCGGACGUCGAAAAAGCCAAACAGCAGGCUCAUAUGAGAGCUCAUGUAGCGGAGGAGUGUAAGAACGACUACGCUGCUCAGCUUCAGAAGUACAACAAGGAGCAGAACCAGUUCUAUUUUAAUGAUAUGCCACUCAUUUUCAAUAAAUUGCAGGAUCUGGAUGAGAGGCGAGUACGGAAGGUGGCUCAAGGCUACAUCUUGUUCUCAGACACAGAGAAACAUGUGAUGCCUAUCAUUGGAAAGUGCCUGGAAGGCAUUACUAAGGCCGGCACUAAUGUUAAUGAGAGGAAUGACUCCAUGGUUGUAAUAGAGCAGAACAAGUCGGGCUUUGAACGUCCUGCAGACGUGGACUUUGAGGACUACAGUCAGGGCAUCAACCGAGCCUCGUCUGACAGCAGCCUGGGCACGCCUAAAGGCCCCAUGGAACUGCUGGGAAAGAACAGGAACAAAAACUUUUGGCUUUUCAGCAAAAAGAGUAAGCUCUCUCCCUCCACGCUCCCACCUUUCUCAACACCCCCCGCCCCCUCGCCCGCUAACGGACCCCCCUCCCCCAAGUUUGGCCGGGACCCCCUGUCGUACUGUUUGAAGGAGAUCAAUAAGACAGUCAAACCCAGAAUCUCGUCCUUCCGGACACUCAGGAGAUCGCCUACGGUGACAGAGGACUUCGCCCAUCUUCCUCCAGAGCAGCGCAGGAAGAAGUUGCAACAGAAACUAGAGGAAAUUUGCAAAGAGCUGCAAAAGGAAGUAGAUCAGAGUGAGGCUCUGGGGAAAAUGAAAGAUGUUUAUGAGAAAAAUCCUCAAAUGGGAGACCCCGCUAGUCUGGCAUCCCAAAUCAACCAGACGUCCCAGAAUAUCGAGCGGCUCAGAGGAGAGCUCAACAAGUACGAGACUUGGCUGGCUGAGGCAGGAGGUCGGGGGGACACGUUGCGCUAUAAAAGUCACACAUUCAACAACAACGGAGCUCACGACGUACUCAGCCCUGAUGGAGCUCACUCGGAUGAAAGCACUCCUGAUCCCUCCCAGGCCAUCUACGCAGAGUUUGAUGAUGACUUUGAGGAUGAUGAACUAACGGCUCCUAUUGGGAAAUGCACAGCCAUGUACAGCUUCCCUGGGGCCAGUGAAGGGACCAUCUCGAUGCAGGAGGGGGAGGUGCUGGCCGUGGUAGAGGAGGACAAAGGGGACGGCUGGACCCGAGUCCGUAGGAACAAUGGGGAUGAAGGCUAUAUACCUACAUCGUACGUCACCAUCAGCAUAAACAAAUGACAGACGUAUGAGCAACAAGAGAGGAGGAGUUGAUCGAUUCACAAAACUGUAUGCAGGGGGUUCCCAUGGGACCAAUCGUAAAGAGGCCACGGCACUAUGGGCCGGCCCACUGGUGUAUCCAGAAGGGGGUCCAAAUAAGGUGCUUUGAUUUCUUGAGAGAGGUGCCCCAAACCGGGCAGAGGAACGGCGCCGACGGUACGUUCCUCGCUUGUAAGCCCAGUUACCUAAACCUCCAAGGUUAUUUUACUUUUUGAUAUCACGUCACAAUCAUUUUUUGGUUUUGGUUUAAAAAAACAAAAAAAAACAAACAUGUUGCAUGGAUCUGUGGCACCAUCGCGGUACGAGAGCUCGCCUCGUUCCAAAGCCUAUUAGGGCGUCGGCUUCUGAAUGUGAGAGGAAGAUGAGUGCUGCUGCCGCCAUCUUUACACCGAGUGUUGAGACCAGUAGGAGGAAGAUGCCUCACACGUUUACGUUCUUCAGUUUACCUGCCGCUCUCAUUUGUGUCACGCGUGCCACUUUCUAGCUUUGCGAAGAUGUAAUGGCGCCGUCGCCUCGCUCAUGGUUGGACUUUAGAUCUUGAGUGAGGUGUGGAGGAGACGGCCUUUUUUGGUUUUCAGCAAUGUUGCGAGACCAAAUCCGUAAAUCCCCCGCGCACAGCGAUACAGACAAUCACAGCCAUAUCAUCACGUAACUCCAUUCUCAACCCAUAGCAACAACAAGACCUUUCUGUUUUCUAAUAGUUACAACCGGAAAAUUGUACUAAAAAUAAUUUAUUACAAAUGUGUAUGUUCUAUGAAUAAAAGCUUCAGUUUGACAGAAGUUUUACUUUGUAUUAAGGAUGUUCUCACAUUGUUCUUUGGCCCUUGCACACAUAGUGGACAGUCUGUAGCCACAAAAGGGAGUAAAUAAUGCACACAUAAAAUGUGCUACAUUAAGCCUAUUGUAUUUAUGUAAUAAAUAAUAUAUAUUUUAGUUAUCACAACACCACUAUUGUCUUAUUAGCUUUUUUUAACCAUUCAAAUAAAGAUUGUUACAUCUUGAGAGAAAACUAAAAAAAGUCUCUAAUUAUGUUGUUAAUAAUGUUUUGUUUGGAUUUACUUCACAUCUUAAAGUUGUUUUACGUUGUAGAUGCAGUAAAUGUGCCUUUCUGGUUAAAAGCAUUGUGUGUGUGUGUGUGUGUGUGUGUGUGUGUGUGUGUGUGUGUGUGUGUGUGUGUGUGUGUGUGUGUGUGUGUGUGUGUGUAUAUACAAUUUUUUUGCAUAUAAAACAUUUUGUUUUCUUAAUAAAUGUUGAGCACAUUUCGAAGUUA